CAGUGCCGCGCCCCACUGCCGGGAAGGAAUAAGAGGUGCCCCCAACCGCUCCUGCCACUCUGGACGCCACAGCCAGGAGAGGACAGGAGCGGCCACCAGGAGCCACUGACGCAGCUAGAGGUUCGCUCUGCCCGAGUUUGACACCCCAAAGCAGAGAAGCCUCAGGGCCAGAGGCUCCGUGGAGGCUGCUGACAUUUUCGCAGAGGAUGUCUGAGCUGGAGAAGGCCAUGGUGGCCCUCAUUGACGUUUUCCAUCAGUAUUCUGGAAGGGAGGGCGACAAGCACAAGCUGAAGAAAUCCGAACUCAAGGAGCUCAUCAACAAUGAGCUCUCCCACUUUUUAGAGGAAAUCAAAGAGCAGGAGGUUGUGGACAAAGUCAUGGAAACUCUGGACAGUGAUGGAGACGGCGAAUGUGAUUUCCAGGAAUUUAUGGCCUUCGUUGCCAUGGUUACCACCGCCUGCCACGAGUUCUUUGAACACGAGUGAAACGGAGAAGGCAGCCAAGCUGUUCCUGUGGCAGAGGCAAGGUCGCACCAGGAAGCAGAGGGCAAGGGCUCGCGGGCUAGUAGGAGCUGCGCUUGCCAGCCGUUGUAGCUUAUUAGGAAGCUUGAUUCGCUUUGCCAAUGAAAAAUUGAAACCCUCUU